UUCUGGGAUACCACUGCCAGCACUUAGCAGGGAGACGUGUUCCUGUAGUUUUUCAAAGCAGAGUUUCUUGAAAAUAAAGUGUGAACACUUCAAGGUUUACUUGUUGGAUAGAGGAAGUAGAGGGGGACAGGAUGGGCUCCCAGCCUUCCAUCUCCAUCUCCUCUCAGGGGUGAGUAAUGAAGGCGUUAGUUGGAUGCUACUUUAGGGCACUAGAUCCAGUUUCCUUCCAGCCGUCCUGACCCUUCAUAGUGAAGUGGGCCAGAACGGAGCUGAAAGAGCUGCAUCAGAGAAAGAGAGAGUCGGACUGGAUCAGAGAGAGAGAACAAAUGGAGCAGAGCUGCCAGAACACAGAUGAGAGAUCUGGUUGAGGCCAUUUGCCGAAAAGAGAAACCUCACAGAAUCACAGUCUUUACGACCGGAUCUUUGGAAAAGUAACUCACUGUGCAUUGAGUGAGGAUCUACUUUGUUAGUCCUCCACUGAAGAACGCCCAACAACAUCUAAACGGAUGAAUAUUUUUAUGAGGCAUCUUUUAGUAGUAGACAUGGGCCAGGACCAAACCAAGCAGCAGAUAGAGAAAGGCCUAAAGCUGUACCAGGCCAACCAGACGGACAAAGCCCUGCAUGUCUGGAUCAAGGUUCUGGAGAAGACCUCGGACCCAGGGGGGAAGUUCCGAGUACUGGGCUGUCUCAUCACAGCCCACUCUGAGAUGGGGAAGUAUAAGGAGAUGCUCAAGUAUGCCCUAGCCCAAAUUGACACAGCCAGGGAGAUGGAGGACCCAGACUACCUGACUGAGGGCUAUCUGAACCUGGCCCGGAGCAACGAGAAACUGUGUGACUUCCAGAAGACAGUGUCCUACUGUAAGACCUGCCUCAACAUGCAGGGCACCACUGUCAGCCUGCAACUCAAUGGACAGGUAUGUCUGAGCAUGGGCAAUGCGUUCCUGGGCCUCAGUGUGUUCCAGAAGGCUCUGGAGAGCUACGAGAAGGCCCUGCGCUACGCCCACAACAACGACGACAAGAUGCUGGAGUGUCGGGUGUGCUGCAGCCUGGGGAGCUUCUACGUCCAGCUCAAGGACUAUGAGAAGGCCCUGUUCUUUCCGUGUAAAGCGGCUGAGCUGGUGAACGACUACGGCAAAGGCUGGAGCCUGAAGUACCGAGCGAUGAGCCAGUACCACAUGUCUGUAGCCUACAGGAAGCUGGAGCGGUUGCCAGACGCCAUGGAAUGCUGUGAGGAGUCCAUGAAGAUAGCCCUCCAGCACGGAGACCGCCCCCUCCAGGCUCUGUGUUUACUGAACUUCGCCGACAUCCACCGCUGCCGAAAGGACGUCGACAAAGCAUUCCCUCGCUACGAGUCCUCCAUGUGUAUAAUGACUGAGAUCGGGAACCGUCUAGGCCAGUGUCAGGUCUACCUGGGCGUGGGGAAGUGUCUGCUCCAGCAGAAAGAACUGGACAAGGCCCUGGAUUCUCUGCAGCGGGCUCAGGAGUUGGCCGAGGCUUUGGGAACCAAGCUGUGCAGCCUGAAGGUGCACUGUCUGAGCGAGGGGAUCUACCGCAUGAAGGAGAGCCAGGACGAGCUGAGGGACCAGGUUGUGAAGUUCCUUCAGUGUGUGGAGGAGCUGGAACUGUACUGUGGAAUGUGUGGCGAGUCCAUCGGGGAGAAGAACCAACAGCUGCAGGCUCUGCCCUGCUCUCACAUCUUCCACCUCAAGUGCCUGCAGAACAACGGUUCAAAGGGCUGCCCCAAAUGUCGCCGUUCCUCCAUGAAGCCAGGUUUUGUGUAAGAGUGUUGCUAUGGGAACCUACCUGGGACCUGAAGGACACUCAGGGAUGCCCCCUGAACUUUGACCUCAGCCAUGCACGCAUGUAAAAUGCUUAAGUAAUGGAAGUGUACUUUGGUGUUUCCUUCAUUUUCACUCCUGAAUGGACAAGAAGAGGGAAACACUCACUGCCCCUGGGCAGGCAGACUGAAGACAAACUCAGAUGCAGACUGCUGAACAGAGAAUCUGAACAUCUUAACUGCACAGAACGGACUGGUUCAGAUGCAGACUGCUGAACACAGAAUCUGAAUGUCCUGACUGAAGAGAACCUAGACAGUCCCGAAUACAGGCUGCUGAUUGGCUGCUGAUAGGACACGUUGUGAAAACAGAACCCUGACUUAAGCUAGUCAAGACACAGGCACAUUGCAGAAGUCACUGUGUUGGUAGUAUUAUAUAUCAGUACGUUACUUUGUUAGUAUUGUGUAAUUUAUAUGGUGGGUCAUGCUUUAUUUUCAUAGAAAGAGAGGGGAAUUAUUAUUUUAUUAAACCUUUAUUUCAUCAAGGAACACAGACUGAGACAAAGGUCUCUUUUACUCCUGGGCCUGUGUAUACAUGUUACACGUUGUCCCACACGUUGUCCCACACGUUGUCCCACACGUUGUCCCACACGUUGUCCCACACGUUGUCCAGGGCGAUAAGGAAGGAGCCCAGUGUAUGUCUUAGGUUUCAGGCCAUUUCAUUUAAGUACAUUGGAUGGUUUAUAUCGCUGUGUUCUGUCCAUAAUGGCAUGCUGGACGACUCGUUGGAAACGUGUACACUCACCUAAAGGAUUAUUAGGAACACCUGUUCAAUUUCUCAUUAAUGCAAUUAUCUAAUCAACCAAUCA